AACGAACUUCGCGCAAACAAUCAGUGUAACUGAAAUGUCUUUAACAUCACAUUGAUUUAAUAUAUUUCAGCUUAUUUUCUAACUUUUGCCUCCCGUGGAACGAAAAGCCCACAACCGGAAACGUAAAACUCCUCGUUGGGAUUUGUAGGAGAAAUGUCGUUUAAAGAACUACAAAAACAACUUUCGUCAAACUGCGAACCAACAAGUUGACUUGUAAUCUCGACUUUCGAACACUUCAAACGAAGUGAGAUAUGUAAGUUAAAUAUGAGCAGCUUCUUCAGCAGACACAGGCUCUGACAGCCUCCCCAGUAGCAGUCACCACGGCGGGAGACAUCAGGCCCAUCGUCUGCAGGGUGGUUAUCUACCUCCAGAGGGACAUGUCCGCAGAGGGCUGCCUCCACUCUCUGCAGACGGGGCCACUAGUACCUGUGUCGUCCAUCACCUGUCCCAAGACAAAGACCUGCAGCUACCGGGGGGCCGUUGGCCCCGGCAAUAAGUAUGUUCGGCUGAACGUCGGAGGCACCCUUUUCUAUUCCACCUUGCAAGUGCUCACUAAGCAGGACUCUUUGCUCAAGACCAUGUUCAGUGGCAAGAUGGAGGUGUUCACAGACAAGGAGGGCUGGAUCCUCAUUGACCGCUGUGGGAAACACUUUGGCGCCAUCCUGACUUACCUGCGGGAUGGCAGUGUCACCUUGCCCAAGAACCGGCAGGGCAUCAUGGAGCUGCAGGCCGAGGCCAAGUAUUACCUCAUCCAAGGCCUGGUGGACGUGUGCCAGAGAGCUCUCCAGGACAAUAAAGAGAAGGCUGUCUGUGUCAUCCCGGUCAUCACCUCGCCAAAAGAGGAGGAAAGACUAAUCCAAGGCUGCACCAAGCCUGUUGUGAAACUGCUCUACAAUCGAAGCAACAACAAAUAUUCUUACACAAGUAAUUCAGAUGACCAUCUCCUUAAAAACAUUGAGCUGUUUGAGAAGCUGUCCCUGAGCUACAACGGUCGCGUUCUCUUCCUGAAGGACGUGAUCGGUGAUGAGAUCUGCUGCUGGUCCUUCUAUGGACAGGGUCGCAAGCUGGCUGAAGUCUGCUGCACGUCCAUUGUCUACGCCACUGAGAAGAAGCACACCAAGGUGGAAUUCCCUGAGGCUCGCAUCUACGAGGAAACGUUGAACGCGCUGCUCUACGAGACGCUCCCGGUGCCAGACACCUCGCUCCUGGAAGCCACGCGCCGCCGGGCCCACUGCUGCUCCCACAGCGAGGACGACGAGGCCGUCGAGGUGAGGGAGCGCGUGCGCCGCAUCCACAUCAAGAGAUACAGCACCUACGACGACCGACCUCUGGGACACUAACGGCCCAAAAGAAGAACGGAAGCAGUGCCUUAAACUCUUUUACCUGUGCCUCCGUUGUCUUCACUAUGCCACUAAAAACUUACGACCGCAAACCCCAGCAAUCCAGAAUCAACUGUUAACUGGAAGGCCAGCAGGAGGUGAUUUCUGCUGUUGCUUGGGGUGCUGUUUUCAAAUCACUGUGAUCUUGUCAAUGUUUUUAUUUUAUCUUUUGACUUUUUGCUGAUAUUAUUCAAUGUGGGUAUUUUCAUCCACAAAACUGCACAAUGAUAUUGCAAUACAAUCCACAUAGCACACUAUACCUAAUAUGUCUAACUGUUAUAUGUCUGUCUCUAAUCAGGUGAGUGACUUCCGUCGUUGUUGUUCACCUAUGAGUGUCAAAUCAUGUACUCAUUGAGGAUUACCGUUCUACUUUUAUUUCAUUUUUUUUUUUUAUUAUUUUCAAUUCCAUAAUACAUCAUACACUAUGUUCAGAUAUAAUAGCCCCAGAGAUUCAAGAUGAAUUUUUGAAAGAACACAAAGAUGUGAACUAUGUGGAGUGGCACCUGAAUGUCCAAACUUCUGCCAAUACACAAAGACCAUGUCUAAAGGCUACUGUCAGAUUGGUUACCAUGUGAAAUUAGUGACUUACUGUGGAAUCUAAGAUUGUGUUUUACUUCAUAUUUAUUGUAGGUAGUGAAUAUGCAGUGGUUUUGGUCAUAGGGAUUUCAAUAAGGCUGACAUGCUGAAGUGAACUGGGCUCCCAUAAAUUACAAGACCAUGUUAAUGAAUUGCACAAUAAUAAUUAUUAUAAUAAUAAAGAAUUGCUACAAAA